CAAAAUUGAAUAACUUUCGCAAAUAAAUAGCUUGACAAUUAUUUAAAAAUUUUUCCUUAACCUUUGACUGAAUAUAAACAAUUUAUUAUUUUUUUUUCAAUCCUUUUGAUCAAAGUAUAUUACGAGUACAAAGUAGGAAAUUAUUAACAAAAAUAUUUUAUUUGUUAUACCAAUUAUUUAACGAUCUUAGAAACCAGAAGAUAUACACACAGAAAAUCGCCAUCAAACUAUUUGAGGGAUAAUAACAAUAAUAAGACGAUAGAGAAAAACAACUUUAUAACUGUUGGAGAUAAACUUCAUUAUCGGAAAAAUCGGAAAUGAAAGUGAUUUCUCUUACAGAAUUUUAUCCAGGAAAUUAUAUAAUUUCUAUUCCCGACUUUCGAUAGAACCUCAGAAAACUUUCUUAAAUACAAAGAAAAAUUAUCUUUAUCAGUUUAUUGGCAUACGCAUUGGACAUCAUACUUCAGGGACGAUGUCAUUUGCUAAUUACACAGUUAUUUACGACAUCAAUUCUCUCGAGAAGUUAUAUGGAUACGAAGACAUAUAUCAAUGGAUGAAGAAUAAAUGGCAAUAUUCCUUUGGAUGGUCUAUAUUAUAUCUAAUUUGCAUUUUUGGAGGUCAGUCCUAUAUGAAAUAUCGUCCAGCCUUUCAGCUACGUACAUUUUUAAUAUUGUGGAAUAUGGGUUUGGCUAUUUUUAGCAUAAUCGGUACUGUACGAAUGGGUCCAAAUGUCUAUAGAUCAAUUGAGAAAGCUGGUCUUAUCAACACAGUAUGUAAUAUUGGAUACUUCACUUCAAAUCCACCUAGUAUAUUUUGGUCCGGUUUAUUCAUGGCUUCUAAAGUUUUAGAAUUUGGGGAUACUGCUUUUAUUGUAUUAAGAAAGCAAAAGUUGAUCUUUCUUCAUUGGUAUCAUCAUAUUUUGACUUUAAUAUUUUCAUGGUUUAACUACAGUAGAAAUUCUGGUCUCGGAAUACUUUUUAUGAUAAUGAAUUAUUUUGUUCAUUCAAUUAUGUACACUUACUUUGCUUUGAAAGCUUGUAAAAUGAAUAUACCUCGUUCCAUUGCUUCGUGCAUAACAACUCUUCAGAUUAUUCAAAUGAUGUUUGGAUUAGGUUUCAGUGUUUUAUCUGUUUUAGUCAAAAUGAACACUAAAUGCAAUGUAUCUUAUGAUGUCAUCAUUUUUUCAUUGAUUGUUUAUUUCACUUAUUUUAUUUUAUUUUGUCAAUUUUUCUAUAAUUCUUAUUUAGCGCCGAAAGAUAUCUCGAAACAUAAAAAGGUAAUGUAAAAUGAAUUUGUAAAAUUUAGAAA